AAUUCGAAGUCGCUUUCGCAUUUGGUCACACUUAUCCCAAAUUUCUCGUGGGUCGCGGCUGUUUUGAGGUGUUAUUGUUUAUAAUUAUUUAUUUGUUGCUAAAAUGGAUUUCAAUACUUUGCUGCAACGGGCAGAGAACUUGACAAAGAAGGUCGAGGCGGAGUGCGAACUUCCCCGGGUGGAACGGACUCUGCAACAGGUUCUGCAGGCCACCACAGAGCUUCAUUCCCGCGUCACCCAAACCGGCGGCAGCGGAAAAGACAUCCAAGCGCACAUACUGCUGGGAUCCAAAGGCGUGGACUUGCCAAAGCUAAACCAGAAACUAGAAGCACUCAGUACUCGAAAAACGUUUGAGCCCCUGGAUAUAAUUAAAGCUGAUACGGAUGUAUGUACGUUUCUCAAAAGUGAGCGCGAAAAUGCUAUACUCUCGGUGAUUGAGGACACAAAUAAGAAUAUCAGCGAUACGGUUAGCAAACAGAAAUGGUCGCACCUAAAUAGCUCCUGGAAUGAGGAGAAGACGCGUCUGCUGGAUGCUCUCAUAGCUCCUUCGCAGAACUUUAUCGACCUGCAGCGUCUGCCUGAACACACAUCCCUCCAUGCCUUCUGCCAGCCGCGCAGUAGCCUUGACAACUUGGAGCUUUCCUACGCCCAGGAGCUGCGUCAGUACAACGAACUGCUGCUAAAAGGCAAUCAGCGUCCAAAUCUUGUCCAGAAAUUCGCUCAGCUAUCUAGCAGCUUUGUGGAUUCUCGUCUGACAGACAUGUGGACUCUAUUGGCCUGCGUCACUCAAAUAGACGAGCCGCAGUGCAGCGAUCCCAUCAAAACUCGCCAAGAACGACCGGAAUUUAUACUUCAUGCGAAGUCUUACCUCGAAAGGCGAUACAAGACGUACAUUGCCUCUUUAGUGGGGGAGUCAUAUGGCAAACACAGCUAUCAACUGGUAUUGGCAUAUGUGAGCCACCGGUUCAGCGCACAGCAAACCAUCGGACUGGUAGAUACGGUUGGCGGAAGACCUUUGUGGCCCUUGGUGUAUUAUGGACUCCGCUGCGGCGCUGCUGAUGCGGCAGUGAACUUCCUCCGCGAAGCUGGACCCAGUCACGAGGAAUUUGCGCAGCUUAUUUCUGAUAGAAAUGCCGGAGAGAUUAAUAAUAGGAUCGAGAGUCAGCUGCGGUUGCAAUAUGCGAAUAAGAUACGCAACUCCACGGAUGCCUACAAAAAGGCAGUUUAUUGCAUCUUGCUAGGCUGCGAUGUCAAUGAAGUUCACGGGGAGGUGGCCAAGACCAUUGAUGACUUUUUGUGGAUCAAGCUGGCCAUGCUUAAGCCCGAAGAUUCGACUGGCUACGGAAAGCUUCAAUCACUCAUUCUGGAAAAGUAUGGCGAGAAGUACUUUAAUGCCGCCCAGCAGUGGCACUUAUACUUUUCCACGCUGGCCCUUACGGGACAGUUUGAGGCAGCCAUUGAGUUUUUGGCCCGCAGGGACAACACCUGUGUCCAUGCCGUUCACAUGGCUAUUGCUUUACACGAAUUGGGUUUGCUGGGCGGAGCACGCAGCGUUUCACAACCUCUGCUUUCCAUCGAUAUCGCUGACCCAACACCACUCAGGCGCUUUAAUCUGGCCCGGCUAAUUCGCCAGUAUACGCAGCGGUUCGAAAGAUCAGACACCAUCGAAGCACUUCAUUACUACUUCACACUGCGAUGUCUCAGAGAUUCCAAAGGGAGAAACAUGUUUGUCACCUGCAUUUGCGACUUAUUGGUGGAAAGUGGUGUCCUAGACACUAGCAUAUUCGAUAUGAUAUUUGGAAGGCGGCAGACUGAGGAUGAAGACGAUUUUAGAGGUGGGAUCUUCCGACAGUUCGAUUGCCCGGAGUUCAACACCUGCACAGUGGCCGUCCUGGUGGCAGAGGAGCUGGCUUCGCGUGGAAACUUUGAGAUGGCUGUACGUCUUUACGAAUUGGGAGGAAAGUAUACGUUGGCCAUAAAACACAUGUCCAUACUCCUGGCCCAAGUGGUGCAGCUGCCUGCCUUUGACGGGUCGCAGCGGGUGCGCCUUGGUCAGGAGGCGCACAGAUUCAGCAAGCUCCUGGCCAGCGGAAAAAUUGAAGUGGACGCCAAAAUGAAGGCUAGCUUUUUGCUGCUGCUGGAUUUGCUUGUCUUCUUCAAUCUUUACGACGAGGAGAAAUACACAGCGGCACUGGAGCAGUUGCAGCGCACCCAGUUGCUGCCAAACACCACUGAUGAGGUAUCAGUGUGCAUGGCCAAUGUGAAACGACUCAACGGCGAAGUGAUUAAGAUUCUUCCCGACGUGAUGGUGGCUGCCAUGGAAAUCACCGAGAGCCAGUACAAGCAGUUGGUGGCCACGUCGCACGAUCAGUCCCAAAUGCAGCAACUAAGGCAAAGGGCAAAAGCUAUAUCCAACAUGGCCGCGUCAAUGCCGUACCGACUUCCAUACGACACAAAUCGGCGUCUCGUCCAGCUGGAACUGAUUAUGCACUAGAAUAAAGGUAUUCUAAGCUUA